AUGUUGCUCUCACGCGUCAAAGUCCUCGCCUUGUUGGCUCUCGGUUUCAUCGAUGGCGUCAGUGCCAGGGCCGUAGGAAGGGACAUGCGUCUCCUGAAUGGGAGACAGCAAGACAUUGUCACAUGGGAUGACAAGAGUCUCUUCAUCAACGGCGAGAGACUGAUGAUCUUCAGUGCGGAGUUCCACGCCUUCAGAAUGCCGGUUCCACACCUCUGGCUCGAUAUUCUUCAGAAGAUCAAGGCAGCUGGAUACAACUCGGUCUCUUUCUACGUCAACUGGGGUCUCUUGGAGGCAAAGCCUGGCGAGGUUCGCGCGGAAGGCAUCUUCGCCUUGGAACCCCUUUUCGAGGCUGCUCAGAAGGCUGGCUUGUACCUCUUUGCCCGUCCCGGGCCAUACAUCAACGCCGAGGUCAGUGGUGGUGGUUUCCCGGGCUGGCUGCAGAGAGUCCAAGGUGUUCUACGAUCCGGCGACGAAGCGUACCUGAAGGCCACAGACAACUACACUGCCGCCAUUGGCAAGAUUAUCGCCGAUGCCCAGAUCACCAAUGGCGGUCCCGUCGCCCUCUUCCAGAUGGAGAACGAGUACAACGCAGCGAUCGAGCCCUACCCCUUCCCCGACUACGACUACUGGAAGUAUGUGGACAACCAGUUCCGCAGCGCUGGUGUAGUUGUCCCGUACGUCAACAACGAGGCUUGGCAGCUCGGCGUCAUCACCACCUCGACGCCUGCGAAGGUCGACAUCUACGGUCACGACGCUUACCCGCUUGGUUUCGACUGCUGGAACCCCACCGUCUGGCCUGAGAAUGGUCUCCCUACGGACUGGCUGGCGACAAACAACAAGAUUGCCCCUGAUAGCCCCUACUCUAUCGUCGAGUUCCAAGGUGGUGGCUUCCAGCCGUGGGGCGGAGCUGGUUUCGAAUCUUGCGCUGGUCUGCUGAACCACGAAUUCGAGCGUGUCUUGUACAAGAACAACUAUGCCGUCGGCGUCACAAUCUUCAACGUCUACAUGACCUGGGGUGGAACGAACUGGGGCAACCUUGGUCACUCCGACGGCUACACGUCUUAUGACUACGGAGCGCAGAUCACGGAGGAACGUCUCGUCAAUCGUGAAAAGUACAGCGAGUCAAAACUUCAGGCCAACUUCUUCCACGUCAGCCCUGCUUACCUCGAGGCCGAUCGGUUCAAUUCCUCCCUCGAGUUCACGAACAACGACGCCAUUACUGUCACGCCUGCCACGACCAACACCACCAAGUUCUACAUCUCCAGACACACCAAGUACGACACUUUGGAGACCGUAGCAUACAAGCUCAAGGUCAACACAGUCAAGUUUGGCGAGCUUGAGAUUCCUCAACUUAGUGACAGUCUUUACUUGACUAGAAGAGAUUCGAAGAUCCACGUCAGCGACUACCCCGUAGGCGACAAGAAUUUGGUUUACUCCUCCGCCGAGAUCUUCACCUGGAAGAAGUAUGAAGACAAGACCGUCCUCGUUGUCUACGGCGGUGCCGACGAGCAUCAUGAACUGGCGGUCGAGGGCGACCAGGGCGAUGUGACUGAUGACGACGUCAUCGAAGGCUCUGAUGUAACAAUCGAACAAAAGGACGGCUACACCAUCCUCGGAUGGGCCGUUUCUGACGAGCGCAAGGUCGUCCGCGUCCACAAGGAUCUCUACGUGUAUCUUCUGACCCGCAACGAGGCGUACAACUUCUGGGUUCCGCCCACCGAAGGCGAUAAAGGCACCUCCGACGUGAUCGUCAAGGCCGGAUACCUAGUACGAACUGUCGCGGUUGAUGGCGACAGCUUGAGCAUCUCCGGCGACGUGAAUGCUACAACCCCUAUUGAGGUCAUUGGAGGUGCGCCAGCAUCUUUGAAGACCCUCAACUUCAACGGCAAGUCUCUCGACUUCAAGCAAAACGACCGCGGAGUUGUCACCGCAACUCUCGACUUCAAGACCCCGGAGAUCAAACUCCCUUGCAUCAGUCAACUGGGCUGGAAGUACAUCGACUCGCUCCCUGAACUCAAGUCGGACUACUCGGAUGAGCUUUGGACCGACGCUAACCUUGAGGAGACUUACAACACUGCCAACCCUCUCAAGACACCUACUAGCUUGUAUGGCGGCGACUAUGGCUACCACACAGGCUCACUGCUCUACCGUGGCCACUUCACUGCCAAUGGAGAGGAGAGCGUCUUCGACAUCACUACCCAGGGUGGAAACGCGUUCGGUGCCUCUGUAUGGGUAAACGAUGAGUUUGUUGGUUCAUGGGCCGGCAACGCUGCCUUGGGAAAUUACAACAGUACGUUCCAGCUGCCCAAGUUGACCAAGGACAAGGACUACGUCUUCACCGUCGUCGUCGACCACAUGGGUCUGAACGGCAACUGGGUCAUCAACGAAGAGCAACAGAAGAACCCUCGCGGUAUCCUCAGAUAUAACCUCGCCGGCCACGAGCAGUCUGACAUCAAGUGGAAGAUCACUGGCAACCUGGGUGGCGAGGAUUACGCUGACAGAGAGCGUGGUCCUUUGAACGAGGGUGGUCUUUUCAUCGAGAGACAGGGCUACCACUGGCCCGAGCCACCCUCGGCUUCUUGGAAGGACAGCAAGGGUCCGACUGAGGGUAUCUCUGAAGCUGGUAUCGCGUACUAUUCCGCGACUUUCGAUCUUGACCUGCCUGCUGGCUACGAUAUCCCCAUCUCAUUGACGUUUGCCAACACGACCACUACCGCCUACCGCGCUCAGCUGUUUGUUAACGGAUACCAGUUUGGCAAGUACGUGCACCAUGUCGGUCCUCAAGCGCGGUUCCCCAUCCCCGAGGGUAUUCUCAACUACCAGGGGUCCAACCACCUUGGAGUCACCCUUUGGGCUCACGAGAAGGGCGGAGCUAAGGUUGAUGGACUCAAGUGGGAGGUUGGCAUGGUUAGUGCUACUGGCUUUGGGAAAGUCGAGCCUGCGCCACAGCCUAAGUGGGAGGAGAGAAAAGGGGCGUAUUGA